AUGAAGCUGUUCACGGUCGAGACGAUUGCAGAAGCGAGCGUGAAGGCAAUUGCCAUUGAGGGAAAACAGAAGAAGGGCAGCGAAACAAAGGGUGACUCCAAACAAUCGGGAAACAAGUCGAGUAGCUCUCAACAUAAGGAAGAGAAGAAGAAGGUUGUAGGCAGCAAUGAACAAAUAAAGGAACCACAUGUUAUAAAUGCAUCAGACAGUAAUUUUGGGGAAGAUGGAAUGGACGAAGUUAGCUCGAUUCCUUUUCAAUCACCAGGUGAUGAGAAGAAACAUGAGGACGGUACAGUUCUUCUUAAACACAUUGUUUGCAGUAGAGCUGACAGCAAUGAAUCAAAGAUGGAUGUUGAUUUUGAGGAUUUUAGUAGCAUUUCGAAAAAGAGAAGGAGAACUGUAUCUAGUAGAUGUAGUUGCAAAGCUAAAGUCGUUUUUAAGUUCGAUGGUUUGAAAGGAUAUAAUGUUCUCUCAUUCAUUGAAGAGCAUUCUCAUUUUUUGGUGUCCGGGAGUGGGAAACAAUUUUUGAAGUCAAAUAGAGUUCUGGGUCUCGCACAUAAGAAACUUAGUAGGGAUGUGAAGCUUUAUAUUGGUGAUCGAGAUGCUCAAAUGAUCAUUGAGAAGUUCACGGAUAAGAAGGAGAUGUGUGAUGGAUUUUUCUAUGAUUAUGCAGUCGAUGAAGGAGGUCGAUUAACUCGCAUUUUUUGGGCAGAUGUUAUUGGACGAAGAAAUUAUGAUGUAUUUGGAGAUGUGAUAUCAUUUGACUCUACAUAUUCCACAAAAAAGUACAACAUGAAGUUUGUUCCAUUCACUGGUCUCGACAAUUAUGAGAAGUGUUGUGUAUUUGCAGCAGGAUUGAUAACUAAAGAGGACAUUGAUAGCUAUUUGGCAAAAUGCAUUUCGAAGAUGGAUGAUUUCAAGAGGAAGAUAAAUGCACUGAUUUGGAGUAUAGAUAUAGAUCCAGCAAUAUUUGAAGUAGGUUGGAAAGAUGUUAUGAAAGAAUUUAAGCUUGAAACUUAUUAUGCUGAUGAUCCAAUGGUUGGUUUAUUGCGUACUACAUCAAUAUCAGAGAGUGAGAACAGUUUCUUUGACAAAUUCAACCAUAGAUCUGACACAUUGACAGAAUUUUACCUCCGAUACGAGAGUGCUAUGGAUAAGCAAAGGCAUACAAACGUAAGAUUAAACUAUGAAGGAAAAAAGUCGAUGCCAAGAAUGGACACGCCAUUGUUAUUGGAGAGGGAUGCAGCAGAGUUGUACACUCGAACAAUGUUUUAUGAGGUACAGAAAGAGAUAAUGUCAUCCUGUUAUGAUAUGAGUAUCAACAGUAUAUCAGAACAAGAUGGUGUGAAGAUUUUUUCCAUGAAGGACAAAAAGAGACAUGGAAAAAUGUUUGAGGUAAAAGUUAAUAAUGGAGAUUGA